CACGUAUUUAACCAUAAAUUAAGUAGUCAUCUCUAUUAAAAAAGCAAAAGCUGUCAAAAUUGGCGUCCUGUCAAAGUGUCAAACGACCGCUUUGUGAAACGGCAAACUGUUUUUGUUUUACCCGUAAUUCUCUUGUAAAAACAAGACUCGCCUUUAAACAAAUUAAAGUUCAAUCAGUGCCCGAUUACUUAGUUCCAGGCGAUUUGACACCAUGAAAUUCAAGUUCUGUUCGGACGGCGACUGUCCGCUGUGGGCGCUGGCGGCGCUGCACGCCCUCUCCAGCCUCCCAGCCACUCUGUUCCGCACCCUGCUGCAGCAUGUCAUGGAGGAGCAGCCUGAUGACGGCAUCAUGGAAAUUCUGAAAGACACGAGCUUAUCAUCCCGCGACGAGUGCGCACGUGCUGCGGCUGUCAUCCGCUGGGUUGUGCAGCAGUCCUGUGCUUGUGCAUGCACGGGAGCACAGCUCACUCGCGAUCUACUUGUGCUGGGUGUACCCAGGACUCAUGCCAGCGCGCUAGCUGAUGCUGUGGACAACUACAGGCCGGAGCAUGUGGCGCAUGUUGAGGCUAAUGGUUUCAUGAUUAACAAGCUGACAGAUGUGACAGCGACUCCUGGACCUGAAGGAACAGUGGACACCUUCACCCUGACGCUACACAGCAAUGACAUAUUCACAGGAGAACAGCAGAAGAAGGAGCUUCUAAUUGAGAAGUCUCAAGCUAUGAGUCUUCUAGAAGAUCUCAAGAAGGCGUAUAAGAAGAUGGAAGAAGCUGAAGAGUAGAGAAGAAAGAUUUCUGGAUGUCUUUGUAAAUUCUUGUUUAUAAGCUAAAUUGUAAUUUGAUAGCUGAAUAUUUUUGUGUGAAUGUAAUUUCGAUAUAUACCUAAGGGUCCUAUUUUAUUAGGACACAAUGAUCACGAAACCUUGCUAUCUAUAAAGAUACACCAAAACACUAUAAUAGGUUUGAACAGUUGGUCGUACAAAUGGGUAAAAUUUAUUGCACCACGACCAUGGCGUCCUAAGGGCUCUAAUCCCCGUACUCAGAGUCAUUUAAUGAUUACUUAACCCAGUCCUUAGGAAUUGUUUUCCAUACAAAUUCGUUACUAAGUUAAUAGUUUAAGUAAUCAUCAAAUGGUUCUGAGUACGGCAGUAAGACGAGUAACGCAUUAUGGCAUUGCGUAAAUUCAAUAUGUUAUGUCAUCCACAUAAGAUUCAUUAAUAUUUUACAUUCCAGAUAUUUUUAUAUGGACUCAUAGCUUUAAAUUAUAUUUUGUAUUCCUCACGUAAGUUACACGUAAAUUAAACUUCCUUAUUAAUUUAAA